GAGAUCUGUCUCUACCUUGACCUCCAAAUCAGAUCUCUCUGACAUAGUAUCAUCACAGUCCUUGAUCGUCUCGGCCGGAUCGUCUUUUGUUAUUAUUUUGUGCAUUGAGAUCGUUUACGCUACUACGAUGGCUAUGGAACAGAGGCCGAAGACUAAGAUCGUGUGCACACUCGGGCCAGCGUCCAGAUCCGUUCCAAUGGUUGAGAAGCUUCUUAGGGCGGGGAUGAGCGUGGCUCGCUUCAACUUUUCUCAUGGAUCUUAUGAAUAUCACCAGGAGACCCUCGACAAUCUUCGUCAGGCUAUGCUUAACACUGGCAUGCUCUGUGCUGUCAUGCUCGACACCAAGGGACCAGAGAUUCGAACCGGGUUCUUAAAGGAUGGGAAACCUAUCCAGUUGAAACAAGGCCAAGAAAUCACCAUUUCGACAGACUAUGACUUGAAAGGUGAUGAUAAGACGAUUUGCAUGAGCUACAAAAAGUUAGCUGAAGAUGUCAAUCCAGGCAUGGUGAUACUCUGUGCCGAUGGUACCAUCUCCUUAAAGGUUCUUUCUUGUGACAAAGCAAAGGGCACGGUUCGUUGCCGUUGUGAGAACACAUCAAUGCUUGGUGAGAGGAAGAACGUUAAUCUCCCUGGUGUUGUGGUUGAUCUCCCAACUCUAACUGAAAAAGACAAGCAAGACAUUCUUGAAUGGGGAGUUCCAAAUAAAAUCGACAUGAUUGCUCUGUCUUUCGUCAGAAAAGGUUCAGACUUGGUACAGGUUAGGAAGCUACUCGGGAAACAUGCCAAAACCAUUCUUCUCAUGUCAAAGGUUGAAAACCAAGAAGGUGUGGCUAACUUUGAUGACAUCUUGGUAAACUCAGAUGCGUUUAUGAUCGCUAGAGGUGACCUCGGAAUGGAGAUCCCAAUCGAGAAGAUAUUCUUAGCUCAGAAAGUGAUGAUCUACAAGUGCAACUUCAUGGGGAAGCCAGUGGUUACAGCGACUCAGAUGCUCGAGUCUAUGAUCAAAUCCCCACGACCAACAAGAGCAGAAGCUACUGAUGUUGCAAACGCUGUCCUCGAUGGCACGGACUGUGUCAUGCUGAGCGGUGAAACCGCAGCAGGAGCAUAUCCAGAGCUUGCUGUCCGUACCAUGGCGAAGAUAUGUGUGGAAGCAGAGAGCACACUGGACUAUGGAGACAUCUUCAAGAGAAUAAUGCUUCACGCUGAGGUUCCCAUGAGCCCGAUCGAGUCACUUGCUUCCUCUGCAGUCAGAACCGCUACUUCCUCUAGAGCCACUCUCAUUUUGGUGUUGACCAGAGGAGGCAGCACUGCGAAACUGGUGGCUAAGUACAGACCAGGGAUACCCAUUUUGUCUGUUGUAGUUCCCGAAAUCACGUCCGACUCUUUUGAUUGGUCGUGUAGCAACGAGGCACCGGCCAGACACAGCCUCAUCUUCCGGGGUUUAGUCCCGGUGCUGUACGCUGGAUCANAUGGCUCACUUAUCUUGACCGUUGGGAGAUUCUCCACGGCUUCUUUCCGAGCUGGUAGAUGGUCUANACUGUGCAAGACAGGAGACUCCGUGGUGGCUCUCCUCCGUACAGGUAACGCUAUUGUUAUCAAGAUCUUGACUGUCAAGUGAUCUCAUUUGGCGUUACGCGUUUUUCCGGAGUUUCUUAACGUUUUGGAUAUUAUUCAUAAAGUUUACUACUCUUGUUUGACAUGGAAACUCCAAGUAUCUUUUGAUUUUUUUAUUUACUUUUUUUUGUGUGUGGAGUGUGGUUGACAAGUUGAAACUUCACACAUUACAUAACGUUGUUGGACCAUACUCUGCUUUGUUUGGUACGAGUGCAAUUGCAUAAGUAAAGUCUAUAUUUUGAAUA